AUGGAUGAGAAGCAAGGUGGGUUUGUUGUGGUUGUGGGUUUUUGGGACCCAGCAGUACAUGACCGUGCCGUCGCCGAGGUUGGUGGUCCACGAUUUCAGGCCGGCGUAGGUGAAGGAGUAUUUAUAGCACCAGUUUUGCGAUGCUGUGAAGCUGAAACACUUGGCCAUUGGCUGACAAUUGAUCUUCUGAUGGAGAUAAAAAAA